AUGUGCUGCUGCUGCUCGGCCAAGGCGUGCUGCGUCUGCUUCCUUCUGGUCCUGGUGGUGCUACUGAUCGGCUUCGUCUUCGGGUUCGGAAUCUUCGCCCAUGGGUUCCACAAGAUCCAGAACAGCCUUCACGUCGCCGAUCCAGCCAGCAGACCCUUUCUCGGCUUCCCCCCGCCCCCUCCAUUCUAG